AUACUUUAACCAACAAACCUUCAACAGCCUCAGGCUGUCGCAAGCGUUUAUCUGACACGAUCAACCUCCCAAGCACAGGCAAUCUGCUCGAACAGUACAUAUAUCCGGAGCCAUGUCCGCCAGUUAUUGGCAGUCAACGCAAUGUCGCUUCUGGACCUUCACCAAGGAACAGCUGGCGACAAUGCGACAGAAGCUUGAGGAAGACAAUGCAGAGCUCGUGCGCAUGUUCCCGCUCCCGCAGCAACGCCAUUUAAACAUAUACUUUAACCAGCAGUUGAUAAGGUUGGCGAAACGACUGACGAUUCGACAACAAUCCAUGGCCACGGCGCAGGUCUACAUGAAACGAUUCUACUCAAAAGUUGAGAUCCGCCGAACGAAUCCGUAUCUCGUAAUAGCGACAGCAAUAUACCUCGCGUGCAAGAUAGAAGAGUCGCCCCAGCACAUCCGACUUAUCGUUACAGAGGCGCGACAGAUGUGGGGAGACCUUGUCGCCAUCGACACCUCUAAACUGGGAGAGUGCGAGUUCUUCAUGAUAAGCGAAAUGCGGUCACAACUUAUCGUAUACCAGCCAUACCGAACGGUCGUAGCCCUGCGAAGCGAACUUGGAUUGCAAGAGGACGAGGUGCAGCUUGCUCGGUCGGUGAUUAACGAUCACUUCAUGACAGAUCUCCCGCUGCUAUACCCCCCUCACGUUAUCGCAAUGGUAGCCAUGCUUCUGGCUUUGGUUCUCAGACCUAAUAAUUCUGGACCAGGCCAGAACCCCUCAGGAGCAGCGGCGGCAGCAGGACUGGCAGCAGCUCAACAGGCGCUGAUGCGUGCGCAGGGCCAGCAGACUUCAGGGGGAGGAGCUACAGAUGCUGCAACUGCAGAGCCUAAGGAGCGACAGCAGCAAGCACGAGUGUCUCGAGUGCAGAAGUUUGCCAAGUGGUUGGUUGAUAGUAACGUGGAAAUCGCAUCGAUGGUGGAUGCCACGCAGGAGAUUAUCUCCUUUUACGAAUGUUACGAGCAUUACAACGACAAGCUCACCCGAGAACAAAUUAACAGAUUUGUUAAGGCGCGAGGGCUUGAUAAGUGAUAUCGGUAUUAGCCAUACGAGAUACGAGACAUGAAGUACUUAUGGGGCGAGCAUAUGAUAGGAUACAAGCAUAGGUAGUCUUGGUAGGCGUUUUAAGGAGUUUGGAACUUUGAGCUUAGAGAUGAUAUUUAUACAACUGUUUUUGUCUGUUAGAUCUGUAAGAUGCCCAAAUUGCAACUUGAUCACUUAGUUGAGUAUCAAGGUACCGAGGCUUAAAGUUAUACCCUGCAG